ACCAAGGCAAAGCAAAAAUGUAUUUCUAAACAUCAUCAAAGCUUAAUUUUUAUUUAUAGAAAAUUUGAUAACAGCAUCAAAACAAAGCCACAAAUUAUCAGAAAAUAUCUCUACAUGGGAGGCGUGUUGGAGCAGUUUUAAAUUUCGCUAGUGUUGUCACCAUGAAUUUUUGAGAGUAUUUGCAUUCCUAGACUGACUGGAUACUAGAUUUUCUUUGAAACAAUGUGCUUGAACCAAAUAAAUUUCGCAUACCUCAAGGAACUUUUCCAACAAAGAGAUGAAAGAAACCUUAUUUCAGCAACUUUUCAUAUGCUGUCUAUCACUCUCAUAUGCAUGUCUAUGGGGGACCUCAGUUGGUUUAUCAUCGAUGGUAACGUUUGUGUCCCUUAUUUGACUUUGGGAGAGUUUUUCUGGUUCGGGUACAGCACUACAGGGAUUGAUUACAGAGAAUUUGAUUGUCUGGAUUCGUUGAUAGUCAACAUGAUGAGAAUAAUAAUAUUACUAUGUUUUAUGGCAAUUAUUUUCGCACUUCUUGGUUUUUUUUUGGAUAUAAUUGGGCCAAGGGCGCCUUUUUACAGAAUGCUUAGGAGGUUUUGUGUACCUGGAGCUGCAACAAUUAUAUUUAUAAUGACAAUAGCACCAACAUCCUAUCUUGUAAUGGUGCUUCUGCAACAUGCCAUCGAAGAUGAAAACCCUAAAAGCUACUAUGAUAUUUCUUAUGGGUUUGGGUUUUAUUUAAUAACAUUUGCAGGUGGCAUUCAAGCUUUAGGCUUGAUCUACAACCUGGUACUGCCAUAUAAAACGUCAUACCAAGACGACGAUCGUUGCCUUAUAGAUGGUUUUGAUGAUAUGAGAGAUUUCCAGUGUCCCACACCUCCACCCCCUUAUUGUCUACCACCACCACCUUACACACCUUGAACAGGUACAAAGAAAACUGUGUUAGAAUUUUAAGUAAGUAUUUAUGUAUACUAUAGGAUUUCCUAAUGGAAAAUCAGCAUGUAUUUUUUGUUGACAAUUUUUCAAUUUAACAUAUCCAAAUUGCUACACUCUUGAUUGGGCCAAAUCUCAAAGGUCAAGUUAUUUGCAAGAGUAUAGAGCCGUCAUUUAAACAGGUAAAUUAUACUUGCUGCUUUUUUAGAAAUCCCAGAUGAGUAUUUCCCAAUGUAAAAAGCAAUUUUGUUUGCAGGGGCGUUUAUGUAGAAUUUCCCCAAUGACAUAUGAUUUUUUUAAUAAUAAUCCCAAUUGACACCUAUUAUAGGUUUUAUUAUACAACACCCACUAUUCAAACAAUUAUUGCUCUUUAUAGAGAAAUAAUAAAUUGGAAAAUUCCUAAAUUUAUUUUAUGUUAGUAAUAAAAUUAUAUGGUUACCCAGAUAUUAUUAUUGUUGUUAUAGGGAAUGAGUUUCUAGGGAUGGAUUUUUUUCUUAUUUUAAAUAUUAUUUUUAGUUGGUAUCAAUUGGUGCUCUUACAUAUUCCUAAAUCUCACUUGAAGUAAAAUCCAUUCCUGGUUACUUAGUUUGUAUGUAUUACUAUUCAACCAAUUGAAUUUAUGGAUUUUUCUCCUGGGAAUCAUGUACAUAAUUAAGAAUCUUCAUUUAUAGAAAAUAUAAGAUCUGGGACCUUCUUUGAGAUCUGAUUUUUUAAUAAUACAAACAUUACUAAGUUCCUUCAAAUUGUCACUCAAAAAAUGUAUUUUAUAUGAAAUCUCAUAUUGCAUGUCUGGUUCUAUCUUAGCUCAAAAUGUGAUAUUAGCUAGAUCAAGAUCAAAUUAGAAAAUUAUAUAUGAAGUUGAAGAAUCCACAAAUCCAAUAGUUUUGACCAUAUAUAAAAGUAAUUUAUGUAAUAAAAAUAUAUUCCAGAUUUAUAUUUUGCUAUUGUAUAGAAAGCAUAAUAUUUGUGAUAGAGAAUAUAUUUUUUCUAGUCUAUGUGAAAAAAAAAAAAAAAGAAAUACUUUCCUUAGGUUAGAGAAAUAGGUAGUUGGUUAUAGUGUAGGAUAGAGUGGUAUGUAUUAUGUUUCGUGCUCAUUUCUAUAAACAGGAUUAUUUUCAGUAGCCGUUAUAAUUCUAACUACAGUAUCUGAACAAAACCAAAGAUUAGAUACAAUACAAUAUUAUUUUUGUUACUUACUUGGUAUUUGUUUCGUUUUUUUUUUUGUUUGUUCUUAGGUUUAGAAGCAAAUUAUCUAUAUUGACCCAAAAAGAGAAUCUGCUUUUUGGUUUGGUCAAUAUUUUAUUAUUAUUUUUAUUUCUAUGAGUUUUGUUUUAGUUUUCACAACUGUUAGCUUUGCAAAUCAUAUUUUCAGACUCAAAUAACAGGAUGAAUAUUUUAUUUUCUCAGAAUCUAUUAAUAAAUAUGGCUUAAAUACA